AUGAGGCACACUACAGAGAAGCGGCAAUCUGACGCCGCCCGCCGCUGCGAGGACGAUUUGUAUGAAGUGGAAUACUGCGCAGAAAAAGAAAUAUUUGCUGCAUUUCUCUCUGGGUCCCAGACACACGACGAAGAACAACCGGAACUCGACUCGGCCCACUCUACUGAUGUGGGCAAUAAUGAUCCAGCUGAUGACGAAAGGGACAAUGACGCCGCGGAAACAGAACUGAGGGAGCAGCAGCAGCAAAGCGAGACGCGACAACAUCAGCAACUGCAGCCAGCGCAGGAGCGGUGGCCACUGCAGCAGCUGCAACAGGAAGGGCAGCAGCAAUGGCAAUUACAACAGCAGGAUCAGCAGCGGCUGUUGCAGCAGCCGCAACAGCAGCAGUUGUUGCACUGCCAGGCUCUGUCUGGUAGUCCUUUGGUUUCUGACUCGAUAAUAACUUGGCCGCGUCGCCCUCCUUCAACGGCGUCUCGGAAAUACCUUAAAUUUGUUAAACGCAUGUACAAAUGGCAGAAACAUCGGUUCUUGCAAGAGCAUUCUAUGGAGGAGUUCAAAGUCCUAAAGGCUCAGGUUAAGCGAAGCAGCAAAAAUAAGUAA